AUGACUGACGCCGACAAAGAAGGCACCAGACAACGGUGCGUGCAGAUUGAGCAGAUCUUGCGGAGCAACUGGAUCGGCGCUCACCGAGCACUCAUCUGUGCCACCAAUGAGUUCAGACACUGGCAACCCAGCGAGGUAGAAGCCCUCUGGAAACUACUCCCGGACCUUGAGAAGCGGAAGCUCUCCCCUCACGGGCCCGAAUCUCGUCCUGUGCCAAGAGGAAACCAGCGAUGGAAGGAGCUGGCGAUGAAGACGGCCAUGGUCGGUGCCAUCGAUGCUGUUGCCCUCGUCGCAUCACCGCUGGCCUUACUCUCCAAGACUAUGCGCCAGGAAGCGCUUCCAGGACUCAUCAGGUUUAAUUACGAGUCCAUCGGGUCGUCCUUCUUUGUCAAGUGCCCACUCGAUCUGCUCCGCCAAGCAGCUCAUGCCGGCAUGGCCGUGUGCGUGAGCCGGAACGGCGAUUUCAGUGUCCGCAAUUCGGGAUACGCUGCCAUUUCGCACACCUGGGCUGAAACAAUGGGCUUGGAGUUCAACGACGAAAAGGUGGACCAUGACGAUAGAGGCAUCAACUACAAACACUUUAGUCGCAUCAUCUCGGACGCGGUUGCUUCCACCGGGCACCACUGGUUUUGGCUGGAUUUGCUCGCCGUCCCGCAAAUCAAAGGCGACGAGCCCGAUGUGCAGAUGCUGCGAGAGCUAAAGACAAACGUCAUCAAUAGCCUGAUACACGUCUAUAGAAACGCUGACGCGGUCGUGAUACUCGACUCCUUGACUCUCCAAAUGUCGACACCGGAUCUCUGUGCCGUCGCCGCCAUAUUCAGCUGCGGGCGCUGGCUGACGCGAAUGUGGACAUACCAGGAAAUCAAGCUGGCGCGUAAAGCCCUCAUCGUCACCAGAGAUGGCGCGGUGGACUUUGAAGAAAUGGUCAACGCGCUGCAUAUCCGCGAGAGCGAAUCUGAUGUCGCCUAUAAACAAUGGCACGAAAUACAUUUGAAGUUCAUGCGACUGCUCCCCUCGGAUCCUCGUGGGGUCUCCCUUGCCGAUGCGGCAUUCUGCUGCGGCGAUAGGAACGCAGAAAACGACAUUGACUACGCCCGAAGCCUCUUCGCCUUGUUGGAUUUAAAGUGGCAGACAGGGUGGACAUAUGAGCAGGCCAUGCUACACAUUAUCACGUCGAGACCGCAAGACACUGCUCGGAUCGCCAACCUCCAGGGUAUGCGAGGGCUGCCCGCUCCGUAUUCAUGGGCGCCGCGCUAUCUCGCGCGACUGACGGGCAUGAUCAUCGGCGGAUACACUGCAACACAAGAUGGUCUGGUCGGCAGCUGGACAACCUUUCGUGUCAGCAGGGUCAUCAGGCACGGCGAGCACCGCAACGAGACGAAGCACAUUCUCCACCUGGAGCUGCAGAACCAGCGAGGAGAGCCAUUCGAGAUGUGGUCGGAGCUGUCGCAUGGCUGGACGCAUGCUAUGGAGCAGUGGCUGGAACAGGCCAGGCCGUCCGGAACGGCCCGGCUGCUGUGCGCAAAGGUGCCUGAGAAUCUGCGCGUCGACCACGACCCCGUCAUCAUGCUCAUGGUGCUGCAGGGCGGUGCCGAGUCGCUUGGGACAGUGGUUGGUACUUUGGCUAUGAACGACCCUGACGUCAAGGAGCUUGAUGGUGAGAGGAUGCAGUGGCUACUGGCCUGA